UAGUGCACUCCCGGAAGUAGGAACUAGCUGCUGGUUUGAGACGCGUCCCGCGCUUCCUCCGUGCUGUGCUGCUUAAUAACAGUGUGAAAGUCAUCAGCAGUUCACUCAGUCCAGACCAUCACCAUGAGGGAGCUGCACUUUAAGGACAACUUCUGGAACAAUGAGCUGACCAGCACUGGGGGCUAUGAUGCCAUCCUCCAGCACCUCAAUGAUGGCAAGAGGACGUGCAAAGAGAUCGAAGACUUCAUGAAAGCCAGAGCUUCAAUUGAGGAGAAAUAUGCGAAGGAGCUGCUGGGUUUGUCCAAGAAGGUGUGCGGCCACAAUGAAAUGAACACGCUGAAGCGAUCACUUGAUGUUUUCAAACUGCAAACUGAACAGGUGAGUAUGUCUCACUUGCAUCUGGCCCAGGCCAUGAGGGAUGAAGCCAAAAAGUUAGAGGAGUUCAGAGAAAAACAGAAAGAAGCAAGAAAGAGGGUGGAGCAGCAGAUGGAUGUGCUGCACAAACAGAAAGCGAUACAGUACAAGAAAACCAUGGAGACUAAGAAGACCUAUGAGCAGAAGUGUCGUGAUAAAGAAGACGCAGAGCAGACGAUGAACCGAAACGCCACCACCAGCAACGCCAAACAGCAGGAGAAGCUCUACGCCAAAGCACAGCAAGCCAAACAGUCAGCAGAGGAAGCAGACAGAGUUUAUAACCAGAACGUGCUUGCACUGGGAAAGAUGCGAGAGGAAUGGCUGAAUGAGCAUGUAAAAGCAUGUGAGAUAUUCGAGAAACAAGAAGUGGAGAGGAUCAGUGUGUUGCGGAACGUCGUGUGGACUCACCUGAACCAGCUCUCGCAGCAGUGUGUGACCAGCGAUGAGCUCUAUGAGGAAGUGAGGAAGUCUCUGGAGCAGUGUGACAUUCAGGAGGACAUCGAGCACUUCGUCAACCUGAGGAGGACUGGAGACAAACCUCCAGCUUCUGUACCGUACGAGAAUUUCUACAGCAAUCAGAGAACAGUGCCAAGCAGACAGCCGCCGUCCGUCACCAGGAGAGGAGCCGCGCCUCCACUGCCAAACACAGAAGGUGAUGUGGUGUAUUCGACUAUAAAUGAUCCAGGAUACAGUGUAAUUCGAUACUAACAAGCAGGAAGCAGGUGAGGACGCAAGUGCAGAGAAUCCUCCCCGCUGUGUCGAUGUUAACUAAUCCAUGUGGUGUUCAGUAGGUGUCACUUAGAAUUCACCCCAAACAUUCAGCACAUAAUAAUAAUAAUAAGAAGAAGAAGAAGAAGAAUAGAGUAGAGAACAGAGUAAGAACACCACACUGUAUUUCACUACAAUGAUACAGCCAUUGUGUAAUUUAUUUCCUUUUUUUUUUUUUUUUUUUUUUUUUGUCUAUUUGAAUAUCAGAAUCAUAUAAUAAUAAUAUAGUAAUUAAACCUUCAGAAAAUUCUACAAUAUCAGUAGAUAUGAUGAACCAUUGUAAAUGUACACUGGAUUUUACUCUUAGUGGGUGUGUUCGUUUGCGAGUUCUGUCUUGUUAGAUUAUUCUGAGAGUGUCAUGAGAGACACUGUUGUCUUUCUUAUUUAUUGUUUUAUUGCAUUCAGUUAUUUAAAGUUGUCUUUUUUUUAUUUACUGUAAUUCAAAUGGGCAUUGUGUUAAUGUCAGUUACAAAACACCAAAAAAGACAUUUGGUAAUUUUUCAGAUGGUAUUUUGUUAUAAUAUCAAACUGAUAAAAUGUGUUAUGAAAAGUUCAUAUCAGGUUUCUGGUUUAUCUGUUUAUAGACAGAAAGUAGCAAGAACAUUUGUUGUGAUUUAAUAGCUGUUAAACUGCCCUGUACUGCCUGCUUUAAUAAAAUCUGAUUGUCACCAUGA